CGAGCAUGGUAGCGCCAAUCGAUCUGGCAACGCUGCAGCUGAUCAGCUGUUUGUGGCAAAAUGAGCGGCGCGCCAGCGAAUCUGAUUGAAAUUAAAACAAAAAACUUAAAUCUAAGUGCUGCAGAACUCAUUGCCCAUCGACAUGCAGAAGUUGAAUCGCCACGAAUCGGUCUAAAACGUACCAAAGUUGCAGGCACUGUAGCCGAAGAGGAGGAACUAAAAAAUGCUUAUGCAAAUUUACGCUCUCAGUUGUCCACGAGACGUAUUGAACGGCACACAGGACGUGCCAUUGCCGUAUGGCACGAGGAUCAUCAUGCUGCUGAAGUGCGGCGCAAAGAUGGAAAAUUUGAGAGUUUUGGGUACAGCAAACAAGGCAAACUCUAUUUGGAAUAUUACGAGGCAUUAUUCCUACUGGAAUUGAAUCGACUGCAACUGGAGUAUUGCGAGAUGAUUGUUUCCGUGGAACAGGCUUAUGUAUUGCUGCUUGGUGAGGCAGCUAGCGAGAAAUACAACAAUUAUUUGGUGUACUCGGCACUGUCACGCGCUGGUUAUAUUGUAGUCAAGCAUCAGGAAGUCUGUGACGCUCCUCAAAUCAGCUCAGUAAAAGCAGCUGCCGCAAUAACCAGUGAGGAUUGCAUUUGGGCCAUCUUGGAGGAGACUGUGAGCAAUAAGUCGGUGCCUGAACACAUCAAAGCAUCCAUAUACUAUGCUACCGCGCAGGCGCGCUUGGCAGAUCUAAAGCACCAGAUAACUCAUACUUCAACGUUCUUGGAUGAGAAUAUCACGGAAAUAGAACCACAAAAUGAUUUUGAAUUUAACACACGCAAACGAAGAGCACCCUCAGAGCCAGAGGAGCAGGGAGCUAGCAAAAGAACACGCUUUAAGAAAAGCAAAAGUCUAGUCGAUAAUCUAAAAACAGAUUCAAACUAUUUGAGGUUUCAGGAAACAUUUGAGAAAUUCGACAUAGUGCAGUUACAAGAGAAUUAUUAUGAAAGUAAAUUGGAUACAAGCCUGAGAACUUUUAAGAUUAACUUUGAUUUACAUCUACAUAAUGAAGGCUUCAAGCGAAGUGCGCCCAAAUCGCCCACUUUUAGUGUUGUUAUAUUACCAGCCGAUGAACCAUUUCCUACCCAAAAUGAGAUGAUCAAGUGCCAGCAACAACUCUCCCAUCGUGCGCCGUUGCUUGUCAUAUCCGUUAGCGAAUCUAAACAAAUUCAGGCGUUUCUAUAUUAUACGAGCUGAUGAUUUCUGCGAUAGCUCAAUUAAAUUUGUGUGUAAUUGUUUGCUAUUUUAUUUUUGUGUCAAUAAAAUGCGCCAUAAUUAUUCGAUUGACGUACAAAGCGUUCAAAUACGUUAUGAUUGUUGCCAUUCAAAUAUC